CGCUGCGCGUUGCGGCCGGCGGUGGUUUCUGCCUGUGCUUCUGCCCUGUGUGCGCCCACAGGUAUUCGCGGGCCGCUGGCGGUGGGCUGAGCGAGGAGUGAGGCCCGGCGACCCUCGGGGGAAGCAGGCAGCCUUGGAGAUAUACCACAAGGGCGGCAGGGCCGGCGUCUGCGAGCGCAGCGGCUGCUUGGCCAGGCCUCGCGAGGCCUCUGGAUUGGACCUUGGGCGGGAGCCGGGGCCCGGGCAGCGGACACGGCAGCCGAGCGCUGGAGUGGAGCGGCCUCCGGUGGCCUGAACGAGGACCAAGCUCUUGGGAGGAUCCCGGUUGCCAUUGACUACCCAUCCAAAGCGGAGGUUUUCUUUCUCUUAAGUUUGUAUCUCCUAGGGGGUUACUUUCAAGAUGGACUCAACCCUCACAGCAAGUGAAAUUCGGCAGCGAUUUAUAGAUUUCUUCAAGAGAAAUGAGAACACCUAUGUUCACUCAUCUGCUACCAUCCCAUUGGAUGAUCCCACUCUGCUCUUUGCCAAUGCCGGCAUGAACCAGUUCAAACCCAUCUUCCUGAACACUAUUGAUCCGUCUCACCCCAUGGCAAAGCUGAGCAGAGCUGCCAAUACCCAGAAAUGCAUCCGGGCCGGGGGCAAGCACAAUGACCUGGACGACGUGGGCAAGGAUGUCUAUCAUCACACCUUCUUUGAGAUGUUGGGCUCCUGGUCUUUUGGAGAUUACUUCAAGGAAUUGGCAUGUAAGAUGGCUCUGGAACUUCUCACCCAAGAGUUUGGCAUUCCGGUGGAAAGACUUUAUGUUACUUACUUUGGUGGGGAUGAAGCAGCUGGCUUAGAACCCGACUUGGAGUGCAAACAGAUCUGGCAAAACUUGGGGGUGGAUGACACCAAAAUCCUCCCCGGCAACAUGAAGGAUAACUUCUGGGAGAUGGGUGACACAGGCCCGUGCGGUCCCUGCAGUGAGAUCCACUAUGACCGGAUCGGAGGUCGGGAUGCUGCACAUCUUGUCAACCAGGAUGACCCCAACGUGCUGGAGAUCUGGAACCUCGUGUUCAUCCAGUAUAACAGGGAAACCGAUGGAACUCUGAAACCUCUUCCUAAGAAAAGUAUUGACACAGGGAUGGGCCUGGAGCGACUGGUGUCUGUGCUGCAGAAUAAGAUGUCCAACUACGACACUGACCUUUUUGUCCCUUACUUUGAAGCCAUUCAGAAGGGCACAGGUGCCCGGCCGUACACUGGGAAAGUUGGUGCUGACGAUGCUGAUGGGAUUGACAUGGCCUACCGGGUGCUGGCUGACCAUGCUCGGACCAUCACUGUGGCUCUAGCCGAUGGCGGCCGACCUGACAACACAGGGCGGGGGUAUGUGCUGAGACGGAUUCUUCGCCGGGCUGUGCGAUACUCCCAUGAGAAACUCAAUGCCAGCAAGGGUUUCUUUGCUACAUUAGUAGACGUCGUCGUCCAGUCCCUGGGAGAUGCAUUUCCUGAACUAAAGAAGGACCCAGAUAUGGUGAAGGACAUCAUUAAUGAAGAGGAAGUGCAAUUUCUCAAGACUCUCAGCAGAGGGCGUCGCAUCCUGGACAGGAAAAUUCAGAGCCUGGGAGACAGCAAGACCAUUCCUGGGGACACUGCUUGGCUUCUCUAUGACACCUAUGGCUUUCCAGUGGAUCUCACCGGUCUGAUUGCUGAAGAGAAGGGGCUGGUGGUAGAUAUGGACGGCUUUGAAGAGGAGAGGAAACUGGCCCAGCUGAAGUCACAGGGCAAGGGAGCUGGAGGGGAAGACCACAUUAUGCUGGACAUUUAUGCUAUCGAAGAGCUUCGGGGCAAGAGUCUGGAGGCUACAGAUGACUCUCCAAAGUACAGUUACCUUUCGGACUCCACUGGGAGCUACGCGUUUGAGAGCACAGUGGCUACAGUGAUGGCUCUGCGCAGGGAUAAGAUGUUUGUGGAGGAAGUGUCCACGGGCCAGGAGUGUGGCGUGGUGCUGGACAAGACCUGUUUCUAUGCUGAGCAAGGAGGGCAGAUCUACGACGAAGGCUACCUGGUGAAGGUUGAUGACAGCAGUGAAGACAAAACUGAGUUUACAGUGAAGAAUACUCAGGUGCGAGGAGGGUAUGUGCUACACAUAGGAACAAUCUAUGGCAACCUGAAAGUGGGGGAUCAGGUCCGACUGUUUAUUGAUGAGCCCCGACGUAGACCUGUCAUGAGCAACCAUACAGCUACCCACAUUCUGAACUUUGCCCUGCGCUCCGUGCUUGGGGAAGCUGACCAGAGAGGCUCCCUGGUUGCGCCUGACCGCCUUCGGUUUGACUUCACUGCCAAGGGAGCCAUGUCCACCCAACAGAUCAAGAAGGCUGAGCAGAUUGUUAACGAGAUGAUUGAGGCAGCUAAGCCCGUCUAUACCCAGGAUUGUCCCCUGGCAGCAGCGAAAGCCAUCCAGGGCCUGCGGGCUGUGUUUGAUGAAACCUAUCCUGACCCUGUGCGCGUCGUCUCUGUUGGGGUCCCAGUGUCCGAGCUGCUAGACGACCCCUCCGGUCCUGCUGGCUCACUCACUUCUGUUGAGUUCUGUGGGGGAACUCACCUGCAGAAUUCGAGUCACGCGGGAGCUUUUGUGAUUGUGAGUGAAGAAGCGAUUGCCAAGGGCAUCCGGAGGAUCGUGGCUGUCACAGGUGCUGAAGCCCAGAAGGCCCUCAGGAAAGCAGAGAGCUUGAAGAAGUCUCUCUCUGUCAUGGAGGCCAAAGUGAAGGCCCAGACUUCGCCCAACAAGGACGUGCAGAGGGAGAUCGCUGACCUUGGAGAGGCCCUGGCCACUGCAGUCAUCCCCCAAUGGCAGAAGGAUGAAUUCCGGGAGACUCUCAAAUCCCUGAAGAAGAUCAUGGAUGACCUAGACCGGGCUAGCAAAGCUGAUGUCCAGAAGCGAGUGUUGGAGAAGACAAAGCAGCUCAUUGACAGCAACCCCAACCAGCCCCUCGUCAUCCUGGAGAUGGAGAGCGGCGCGUCAGCCAAGGCCCUGAACGAAGCCUUGAAGCUCUUCAAGACGCAUUCCCCACAGACGUCGGCCAUGCUCUUCACAGUGGAUAAUGAGGCUGGCAAGAUCACGUGCUUGUGUCAAGUCCCUCAGAAUGCAGCCAACCGGGGCCUGAAAGCCAGUGAGUGGGUGCAGCAGGUGUCAGGCCUGAUGGAUGGCAAAGGUGGUGGCAAAGAUGUGUCUGCGCAGGCCACAGGCAAGAAUGUGGGCUGCCUGCAGGAGGCGCUGCAGCUGGCCACUUCCUUUGCCCAGCUCCGCCUGGGAGAUGUGAAGAAUUGAGGGGAGGGGUGGCUUCCACUUGGAAGCGUCUCCCCCACACCCAGAUGUAUCCGUCCAGCCAGGAGAUCUCCAUCUGCCACACGGACAUUGGAAUCCUGGGACCUUUAAAUAGCCCCAUUUCUCCUCCUAACUCAGCAGUAACUGGAAUUCACUUAGGUGCCAUCCUGUGACUCAAUGCCCACGUUACAUUUCUGCCUGGAGCCCUACACCUGAGCACCAUCUGUGUAGAACCACUAUCCCAGUAUUGCUACUAAUCAUUGUCAUGCUCAUGUCUAUAGACAGUUUUCUGCAGACCCAAGGCUCUAGGUCUGCAGGAAGGAACCAUUUUUGCUGCAGAGAAUAAAAGGACCAUGUGCAAUACUUGA